AUCAACUGCCCCGCGCAUCCAAACUAUUACCACUUGUAACAAUAACAAUACAGUAUUAACAACAACCAUCCACUCUCAAUUACAUGUACAAAGAUCACCAGACUUGGACACAUAAUAAUUAUGUGUCUAAAUCUGGUGACCUUUUGUUCAAAAACUUUUGUCACGACUCGGUGACAAAAGAAUCCUAUUGAUAGACAGGUCGACACGAUAAUGCCCAUAAUAAGAUACUGCAGAUACUACAAAUGCCCACAUCAUUUUACAUGACAUUUUAGACAGAGACUGGGCCAGGCCCGUUUUUUAAUGACAUCGACAUCUGAAGUCAGAAGAUACGUGGUAAAAUCAAUGAUUGUGGUUGUGACUAUACAAGUAAUAGUACAUGUACUAUUAGUACUGGUGGCCUAACUACAAGGUAGAUCUAAUUGUUGUUACUGUAUUAUUACAUGAUUAUUGCUUGUUUCUUGUUAUCUAACCUUAGGCCAAAAUCCCAAGUACCGGGUAGUGGAAACGGUCAGGUUAUUAGAUCUAGACCUAUUAGAUUUAUCCUCUAGGCCAAGACGACUGGUUCGACGCACGACCUUGAAAAACAUUUACAGGUCCAUGCUAAGUUGAGGCUAUCAGGUCGGCCAUUGGACGAAUACACCAUGAAAGCCGGGCGGACGAAAAUAAAAUUCAAGAUGGCGACCCAACAUGAAUUAUGAAGAGGAGACGCUGUGUGCACAUUCUUUCAGCGCACACAAAACGAUGAAACGUUGAAUUCUCUCUUCUAUCGUGGUAGAACUGCUGCUCAUAGGUCGAUAAUUGACUUGAUAUCCAAUUUUGAGUGUUAAAUGAUAAUCUGAUCUUUGAGAGAGUACUCCAAAAUGAGAAACAAUGGUGAAAUAGUGUUAGAGAUCCCAAGGAAAUAUUGGCCUGCCAUGCUUCUCUCUCGCUUCUCCCAAGCGACGGCUGUUCAAUCGUGGCAAGCACUUGUCACGUGAUCCCAAGCCCACGCAGUCGGUAGGCUAGGCUAAGCAAUUUAUUUGCGCGCUGCUCGUUUCGCCGAGUGUUGUUUCGCAAACGAAGUUUCGAGGGCUGACGCAGCAACGCUCGGAACAGACUAUGAAUGGGAAAUUGGGUCGUGGUUUAUCUCUGACUCGCGAACAGCACACCGAUAGCAAUAUGACCAGAUGCCGGCGCAGAUACUCUCCCUCUAGGACGGUCGCCACAUUUUUGCAGAAACAAUAAACUAAACAAUAAUAAUGCAAAGUUUUGUCAUAAAAAACGGCAGGGUCAUCGAUCCCCACAACGGAAUAGACGAGGUAACUGACGUUGUCAUCGAAAAUGGGCGUAUCUCCAAGAUCGGCCGGUUUAGCAGCAGCACUAGCAGUAGCAGUGUGGCGGUGACAGGCUCGGAUCAGGGGCCCUCUCUCGACGCCUCGGGUUGCAUCGUGACAGCGGGGCUGGUGGACUGCCACGUCCAUGCCUACCAACACGCCACCCCUCUGGGUAUCAACGUUGACCGGAGCUGUCUGGCCCGGGGAGUCACCGCAGUCGUCGAUGCGGGCAGUUCAGGCGCGCUCUUCUGGCAGCCAGGGAGGCCGGGGUCCCAUUGAUGGUUCACCAUGCCCGGUCAAACGUGCUGCAAACAGGAGAAAAUGGUGCUUUCUUCUGGCGUGUGGCGGAGCAGUGCGCGAGCGAGGGCUUCUGGCCGGACAUCAUCAGCACAGACCUGCACACCCAGUGUGUGGAAGGACCGUCCUACGAGCUCACCUGUACAAUGUCCCGGAUGUUGCACCUGGGCAUGGAGCUCAAGGACAUUGUGGCUGCGGUCACUAGCAAACCAGCCCAGGUUAUCGGUAAACUGUCGGAGAUAGGGCACUUGGGAAUUGGCAUGGCCGCUGAUGUCACAGUGUUACGCAUCGAUGACAUCAGCGAGGAUCUGGAGGAUGUAGAGGGAGCCAUCAGGAGCGUAACCAAAGCGUUCACGCCGGUCGCUGUGUUCAGGGAGGGGAAGCAGUUCGAAAUCCUGGAGGGCAGACGCUGGCCCGAUCCCGAGGUGCGAGAGAAGUUAGAGGGCAUCGCAGCCAGCUGGAAGCUGACGGACGCAAACAAAAACGCUACUGAAAAUUGAUUUUUUUUCCAGUUUUAAGUAAACAGAUGAAUAAGUGGGUGGUUGGCGGAUGCUGCUUUGUGGUU